AUGCUACAGGAGAAGCACACGAUUGACUUUGGGUCUCGCGCUGCAGGUAGCGCGCCAGCAAAGGCCACGGACGCCUUCUUCCCGCAGUUCUUCCUUGACUUCUUCAGCAUUAUCGGCAAGCCACGUAGCCCCAUCACGAAAAGCGACGGGCCCGUCUUCGACAAUAUCGAGUUCUCUCUUGAGUUAUACGCAGCGCCCUAUAGCGUAAAGCAUAUCAGCGGCAUCCCGUUCGAUAUCACCGGGCGCACGUUCAGGGUCGCCAAGGCUAGCACCCGAGAGGUCUGGUUCGUCGUCAUGCACCCCGUGGCGCACGAGCCGACGUCCAGGGGCGGGGGCCCGCGAGAGAGACAGACGGCCUCAGAGAAGAGCGGGAUACCGGCUGGGCUAGCCCGCGAGCUAGCCGCAUAUAUCGUGGGCGUCUUCCAGUCGCCGCAGCUGCUUAGCGAGGGGGUUGAGGCCUGCUGGCGGUUGGGGACAAAGAGUACUCAGCGCAUAAGCUCAGCUAAGUGGCAGGUCUUCCAGGAGCAGUUCAUGAACGGUUGGGCCCGACGCCACGAGCCGGCGUUCCACGCGUAUGACUACGGCGCGAAUAUCGAGAUCCAGGUCAGCGAUAGCAUCUACGACCUGCCGCGCGAGAGGCAUAUACCCCAUGAAGAGGAGGAGGAGGAGGAGGAGGGCUGGGAGCAGGGCCCUAGAGAUGGAAAUAUUCAGCAGGAGGUUGAAGAGCUCUCCUUCAACGAUGGAAAAAGAACACACAGCGAUACAGUGGAAGGCCGGGAGUACCAGCAGAUGCUCAGGGAGAGCAGGGACCUACAGAGGAUGAUUAUAGAGCUCAACGCCCGCUUUGAUCUCAGAAGUAUCAGUGCUAUAUCGUACGCCCUUGCAGUCUGUAUCAACAGCGAGUCGGGCAGCUCACAGACGCGCUACCUACUCGCCGACCGGAACAUGGUGGCGCGAGAGUACCCCAGCAACCGCGACUACACCUUCUACCCGCAGGCCUUCCACCCAAUGUACGGAAACUUCUCAUCUAGCUAG